AUGACCACUGUUAGAUGUAUUCUAGCAGUUGCAGCCAAAAUGAAUUGGAAACUUUUUCAAUUAGACGUCAAUAACGCUUUUCUUCAUGGUGAUUUACAGGAAGAGGUAUACAUGAGAUUUCCACCAGGAAUGACUUCACCCUCUGUUAAUCAUGUUUGCAGAUUAAAAAAGUCCUUAUAUGGACUUAAACAGGCUUCGCACCAGUGGUAUGCAAGACUCACUGAUGCCCUCAAUUUCAAAGGUUAUUCCCACUCUAUUAACGACUAUUCCUUAUUUUUCAAAAAGACAGCUUCCGACAUUUCUAUUGUUGCUGUUUAUGUAGAUGACAUACUUCUAACGGGUAAUGAUAUUACAGAACUUUCUAAUCUAAAGGCAUUUCUCAAUUUAGAAUUCAAAGUCAAAGAUCUUGGAGAGGCAAAUUAUUUUCUCGGAAUGGAAAUAUUACGAGAAAAACAGGGACUAAUUAUCAGUCAGAGAAAGUUCACCUUUGACCACCUUUCUGAGUUUGGUGUCCUUCAUUCACGUCCAGCUUCAUCUCCACUAGACCCUAGUUGCAAGCUUCGUGCCGAUGUUGGUAAGCCUCUUCACGAUCCAACCAUCUACAGGCGACUAGUGGGCAAGCUCAAUUUUUUAACCCAUACUCAUCCUGACCUAUCUUUCGCCGUUCAGCAUUUAAGCCAAUAUAUGCAAAAUCCGCGUCAACCUCAUUUUGAUGUCGGUCUACACUGUCUCCGAUAUCUGCUCUCUUCGCCGGGGCUUGGCCUCUUUAUGAAUCCAGACCACUCUUUACAAUUGCUCGCUUUUUGCGACUCUGAUUGGGGAUCCUGUCCGGAGACACGUCGCUCAGUGAGUGGAUUUUGCAUCAACCUCGGAGGAUCCUCUGUUUCAUGA